AUGCCGGAGAAUGGGGAGCUCCAUCCAGCACAAGUUCUAAAGAGUGGUCAUGACGUCGGUGCUAGUCAUUACGCAGGUGGUGUACCACCACACAAACGUAUGCGUAAACCCAUUGUUCGUAAGAGUGUUGAUCCUAAUGCAACAUUCAUAAAUUACGUGACAGAGCGUCGCUUUGUACAAGCGCGUAGUGUGCGUUCCCAUGCGUUACCACCGCAUUCGUUCUAUAAGCGGCAGAUGAUGCCACCUUUAGCUUAUCCUGGAGAUGAUGAUCUUGCGUCGUGUGUAUGUACUAAAUUCUGUCGUUGUUCCACGAAUAAGCAGCGCUGUCCUGUGAAUUGUCUUACAUGGACACCUGAGGGCCGUCGCCUCAUUACGGGCAACUCGGUUGGCGAGUUUACGCUCUGGAAUGGGUUGGCUUUUAAUUUUGAGACUAUUUUACAGGCUCAUGAUGAUGCAGUGCGCGCAAUGGUAUGGUCUCAUAAUGAUAAUUGGCUUGUUACGGCUGAUCACGGUGGAGUGAUCAAGUAUUGGCAGUCAAGUAUGACAAAUGUACAAUUGUUACAAGGACAUCGAGAAGCUGUACGCUCACUAAGCUUUUCACCGACGGAUUUCAAGUUUGUGUCGUGUUCUGAUGACGCAACAGUGAAGAUUUGGGACUUUGAGAGUGGUCGGGAAGAACGUGUGUUGACUGGACACGGAUGGGAUGUCAAGUGUGUGGCUUAUCACCCACAGAAAUGUCUGCUCGCUAGUGGUAGUAAGGAUAAUUUGGUAAAGAUCUGGGAUCCAAAGUCAGGAAACAGUCUUAACACAUUGCAUGGACACAAAAACACGGUGUUUAAGGUAGCGUGGAACCAGAAUGGUAAUUGGUUGCUUACAGCCAGUCGCGACCAGCUCAUCAAGAUCUAUGACAUCCGGAUGCUGAAGGAGUUUGCUACGCUGAAGGGACAUGCACGCGAAGUCACGUCUAUUGCGUGGCAUCCGUGGUAUGAGCGUCUCUUUGUCAGUGGCUCGUACGACGGGUCACUCAUGUACUGGGAAGUCGGUAAGGAAAAUGCGCUGGCCUCCAUUCCCCAGGCACAUGAUACGGCUGUAUGGGACAUUCAAUGGCACCCUGUCGGCCACGUUGUCGCGACUGGAAGUAACGAUCACAGCACGAAAUUUUGGUGUCGCAAUCGGCCAGGUGACCCGAUGGACGACAAGUACAAUGGCGGCCAGACCGUGUUGAAUGAACACGAAACUAGUGAAGCGGUGAUGCAUAUGCGCGGAGGUGCAGAUGGUGCCGAAGUACUACCAGGAAUGGCGGAUGGCGCUAGCAGCCUUCGCUCCAGCGCAAUUAACGCAGCCAAUUUCCAGACAUUUAACAAGACGACCGUGGACAGCCGUAACAAUUGUGGUCGUCGCCCACCUCCUGAGUCUUACACGUGCAACCGUUGUGGCACCAAAGGCCAUUGGAUUGAAGACUGUCCCACAAAGGACCAGCAAAAUCCUAGCGGCCCAAUACAGCGCAAGGUUCCACCUGAAGGUUACUUGUGCAAGCGCUGCAAUAUUCCAGGACACUAUAUUUCGGACUGCACAGAGCCCAAAGUGCCACCUCCGUCAUACACUUGUCACAAAUGCCGGCAAAAGGGCCAUUGGAAGCAGGAUUGUCCAAUGGACGGAAAUGGUGCCAUUAAUGCUUUGCUGAUUCAGUUCCUUCCCGAGGGUUUCCACCACGAAGCAUGGCUACCUCCUGCACCUCCGACCGCAGGAUUAUUGGUUCCUCCACCUCCACCACCACAUAUUCUUGCUGGUAUGAAACGUGCUCGUGAGGAUGAGAUUGGUCCUGGAGUUGGUCUCAUCCCACCACCUAUGAACUCAUGGCCGCCACUAACAACAGGCAAUGGACCAGGGCAAGCAAGUUUUCUACCAGGGCUUCCUGGUGGUGGGAUCAUGCCAUCGUCGGCAUUAGUAUCGGAACAGUCUGAUGCCAAGAAAUUGAGUCGAGACCCGAGACGAAGAUAA